AUGGCAGCUGUUGCGACUCGUAAAUGCAAUGGCGUGGAUUGCCCAAAUGAUGCAGGCACCCUUCAGUGUCCAACGUGUCUGAAGAUGGGCACUGACAGUUUCUUCUGCUCGCAAGACUGCUUCAAACGGAGCUGGAGUGAACACAAGAAUAUUCACAAGAAGAGUAAUAUCCUCACCAACCUUUUUCCUCCCAAAGUAGUUUCUGAACCUGAUCCAGCCACCGGCCAUUUCAACCCUUUCCCGUCAUUCCAAUACUCCGGCUCUCUUCGACCAGUCUAUCCGCUUUCACCAAAACGCACCGUGCCUCAAUCUAUUCCUCAUCCGGACUACGCCAAGGGCGGCAUUCCCAUCUCGGAGCAGAAACUAUGGGGACAGCACAAGAUCAAGAUUCUCAACAAGGAGGAGCAGGAGGGUAUGCGUGUUGUGUGUCGCCUGGCUCGCGAGGUGCUGGAUAUUGCUGCCCGUGCGCUGAAGCCUGGUGUCACCACCGACUACAUUGAUGAGAUUGUGCACAAGGCGUGUGUGGAGCGCGAUUCCUACCCGUCACCACUGAACUACAUGCAUUUCCCCAAGUCCGUCUGCACAUCCGUCAACGAGACCAUCUGCCACGGUAUCCCCGAUCAACGGCCGCUAGAAGAUGGCGACAUUAUCAAUAUCGACGUGACGCUUUAUCACAAGGGCUUCCACGGUGACAUCAACGAGACCUACUACGUUGGUGACAAGGCUCUGGCCAAUCCCGAGGCUGUGCGCGUGGUUGAGACCGCUCGGGAGUGUCUGGAAAAGUCAAUCGAACUCGUCAAGCCUGGAAUGCUGUUCCGCGACCCCGGCAAUGUGAUUGAAAAGCACGCCAAAUCACGAGACUGCAGUGUUGUCAAGUCCUACUGCGGCCACGGCAUCAAUCAACUCUUCCACUGUGCUCCUAAUGUCCCCCAUUAUGCCAAGAACAAGGCGGUUGGCACGGCCAAGCCUGGCAUGUGCUUCACCAUUGAGCCCAUGAUUAACAUCGGUACCCACCGGGACCGCACCUGGCCAGACGACUGGACCAGCACCACUGCUGAUGGCUCUCUGUCUGCUCAGUUCGAGCACACGAUGUUGGUGACAGAAGAUGGUGUGGAGGUCCUCACGGCCCGGUUGCCGGACUCGCCAGGUGGUCCAGUUCCGAUGCCAUCGGUGGAAAAUGGCAAUUAA